AUUAAUUAUAUAAUUUUGAGCAAUUUAUACUUAAUUCUACUAGUGUUUCUUCAAUAAUUGAAGCCAUUUUGAGAUAUUACUGGCAAAUGAGAAGAAUAAAGAUGUUUGCUCGUUGAAAAUGUGCAAAUCCAGCAGAGUGAUGGCUGAGCUGGGAUGGACUGAUUUCUCCACUUGCAAAUCUGGUCCCAUAGAAAGGGGAGUCUUUGUUGUUUCCAUAUGCUUGUGGCCAGGCCAGUUUUCAGUAAUGAUACAUGUUCAGUGAAUUUUCUUUGGAUAGAGACGGAAGAAAAUGCCAUGAGAAUAAUAGAGAAAAUCGUAGCUGUCCAAAUAAUGAACUCGGGACCGUCACCCGUAACUCACAACUUCUUCUUCUUCUUCUUUCUUUUUUUUUUUUUUUUUUAUUUUGACAUUGUUAAUAUUCUGAGGCAACUUGGUUUUCAGAUAAAUUCUAAAUUGCUUCAUUUCCAAAAUUCAUUUUGGUCACAACAUCCAGGAACAAUCCAUCUUCUAAUCAAUAACUGACAUUUAAAUGCACCUGCAAGAAAGCAACCCAGCGCGAAACCAAUAUUGUCAGCAACCAGAACAACCCUAGUUUCCUGACAGACAUUGAUUCACAGCAAAAUAGCGAUUAUUGUAAAUAUUUAUAGUUCUAAAAGGAAAAGCUCAUCAAUGCAGCGUGUUGAGAUUCCAAAUGAAAUCGGUGAUGGGCUCCACCUAGCCAUUUAUUUGUGAGGUAGGAUGCGAUGGGUGUGUUGCAGCAACCUUGGAAGAGCAGUAACCUUCCAAGAGUCUUGGAAUUGGCUCUUUGGGGGCACGGUGGGUAGUUCGGGCAUGCCUCUGGUGGUGACGUGGUAGAAUGGGAAGAACACCCGGUGGGGAGAGACUAGUUCCACACCUGGGUCUUCAAUGGCUUGCUGUGUGAUCUCAAAAAGCCACAUAACCUCUCUGAGCGUUGCUUUCCUCAUCUAGAAAAGAACAAUAAUCAUGUCUGUCCAAUUUAACAUCCCUGGUUGUUAUAAUGAUGAAAGAAAAGGGUGGGGGAAGGAGAUAUCUCUGAACAUAUAUUUAAUGGACUGGGCAAAUGAAUGUGGGGUCUCAUAAGGACUCUUUAUCUUUCAAGAACAGGGUUAAGGAGCAAGACACAUGGUUCCGGAGAAAUCUGAUGCGUCACCCUAAAGCUCAAGGUCCCUGGGAGUUUUACUACUGAAAAGCAGGUGACCCUGGGAACGAAUGUGUUGCUCAUUCAAUACUACUGUGCAGUAGGAGCUGGGAAACCAGCAUGAGAGAGAGAGAGAGAGAGAGAGGGAGAGAGAGAGCGCUCUGAGUGGGCUCUGUGCACCUGGUGUAGCUCACGGACAGAUAAAUAACUGUCAGGGUCGUUUCUAGUUUCGGAGCCCAAGUGGCGACCUAGGCGAGAUGGAGGUUAAGUUCGUGUCAGGCAGUGACAUUGCUAUGUAGAAAACAGGGACUUAGGAUGGUUACUUUGGACGGGGUGGUCGGGGAGGGCCCCCGUGGAGAUGUCACCGGAGCACUGAUCCGAGGCAAGCGGCAGAGCGGGUCCCCUCCGCAUCAGAAACUGAAAACAAGGUCAUCACAUCUCAAGCAGACAGGCUGCUUGCAGAAGGAAGGCUGCGCGCCAGACUCGGGAACGGGAGCGAGGCGUGCUCACACGCAACUGAGACUUUGUGCGGGACACUCAGGUCGGAGGGCAGUCGCUUUCCCGAGGUGGCUCCAGGCUGCUGAAUUCUGGCUGCACCACCCGGACUAAAUGGAGCCGGGUACCCCCAGCGGAGAGCAUCCAGCUCUGCUACGGGGACGCUGCAAGCAACCCUGGAGAGGGAGGCAGGCUGUAACCUCCCCGACUGACAAUUUAGUAAACUCACACCCAGGGAAGUUAAGCCGCUGUCCCAGAUUAGUUAGUAAAGGGCAGAACGGGAACAGGAACCCAGAACUCUCCUUGCACGUCUAGCCCGGUGGCUCCACGUCAGGUGAGUCCAAGGAUGCACAAGCAGGUAGAUCUGCUGGCUCCGGGCACCAAUGGGAAGACUCCCAAUCCUGCGAUCCGCACUCCAGGCCUCUCGUUAGCUCCUUCCCAGGAAUGGCUCAAAAAGCGGAGCGGUGGAAUCCCCGGAGCGGGGUGCCAAGCGCGGCCGCCGGCCCGGAGCAUGCGCACUGGCCCGGCCCAGCCUAGACGCGCUCCGCGCUGGGGGAGGGUCACCCGAGGCUGACGUCCGCUACGCCGGCGUCAGCGCCCCGUGAAGAGGAGGGCGAAGACUCCAUCCGCCAUGUUGGAUGCCGCAGAUUCGCCAUAACCUCGCCGGCUCUUUUCUUAAAAAAAUAAAAAUAAAAAGCGAAGCAUCAGCGGGGCGCCCCGCCUUCUCGGUCGGCGCGGGAGGGGGCCCGGAAGAGCCCGAGGCUUUUUUUUCCUCCGCGGUGGGGGCGUUGCUAUGGAGACGCGGGCGGCAGAGAACACGGCCAUCUUCAUGUGCAAAUGCUGUAACCUUUUCUCACCAAAUCAGUCGGAGCUCCUCUCCCACGUCUCUGAGAAGCACGCAGGAGAAGGGGUUAGUGCGGACGAGAUCAUCAUUCCCCUCAGGCCUCUGAGCACUCCUGAACCCACCAACCCACACAAAAGCGGAGAUGAGUUUUCGGUCAUGAAGAGGAAGAGAGGCAGGCCGAAGGGGUCCACAAAGAAGCCCAGCGGCGAGGAGGAGCUGGCAGAGAGCGUCGUCAGUCUGCAGGAGGGCAGUCCGCCGGCCCCGGAGGAGGGGAGCAGCCUGGCUCCGGGCAGCCUGGAGUGUGGCCAGUGCCGUCGAAAGUUCUCUAACCCACGCCAGCUGAGGAAGCACGUCUGCAUCAUCGUGCUGAACUGGGGUGAGGAGGACGGAGACGCAGGUGAUGAAUCUGACCUUGAACUGGAAAGGAAGUAUAAGGAGGAUGAUCGAGAAAAGACUCCAAGGAGGCCGCGGACACAGAGGACGGAGAAAGUCCAGAAGAUCUCCUCGGGAAAGGAGGCCGGGCAGGUUUCCGGAGUGAAGAAGCCCAUCAUAAGUGUGGUUUUAACGGCACACGAAGCUAUUCCAGGUGCCACCAAGAUCGUUCCAGUGGAGGCCGGGCCCCCGGAGACGGGCACUGCAAACCCCGAGGCCACCCCGGCCGACCUGGCGCCUCGGAGAGGGUACCAGGAGUACGCCAUCCAGCAGACGCCGUACGAGCAGCCCAUGAAGUCCAGCAGGCUAGGGCCCACCCAGCUCAAGAUCUUCACCUGCGAGUACUGCAACAAGGUGUUCAAGUUCAAGCACUCGCUGCAGGCGCACCUGAGGAUCCACACCAACGAGAAGCCGUACAAGUGCCCCCAGUGCAGCUACGCCAGCGCCAUCAAGGCCAACCUGAACGUGCACCUGCGCAAGCACACGGGCGAGAAGUUCGCCUGCGACUACUGCGCCUUCACCUGCCUGAGCAAAGGGCACCUGAAGGUGCACGUGGAGCGCGUGCACAAGAAGGUCAAGCAGCACUGCCGCUUCUGCAAGAAGAAGUACUCCGACGUCAAGAACCUCAUCAAGCACGUCCGGCACGCGCACGACCCGCAGGACCGGAAGGUGCAGGAGGCCCUGGACGAGCUCUGCCUGCUCACCAGGGAGGGCAAGCGGCAGCUGCUGUACGACUGCCACAUCUGCGAGCGCAAGUUCAAGAACGAGCUGGACCGCGACCGCCACAUGCUGGUGCACGGGGACAAGUGGCCCUUCGCCUGCGAGCUCUGCGGCCACGGGGCCACCAAGUACCAGGCGCUGGAGCUGCACGUGCGGAAGCACCCGUUUGUGUACGUGUGCGCGCUGUGCCUCAAGAAGUUCGUCAGCUCCAUCCGGCUGCGCUCGCACAUCAGGGAGGCGCACGGGGCGGCGCAGGAGGGCGGGCUCUUCACCAGCUCCAUCAACCAGAGCUUCUGCCUCCUGGAGCCUGGCGGGGACAUCCAGCAGGAAGCGCUGGGGGGCCAGCCGCAGCUGGCGGAGGAGCAGUUCGUGUUCCCGGGCGUGAAUGCGCCCAAGGGGGCGGCCUGCCCCGCAGACGCUGGGCCCGACGAGGGGGCCGACGAGGGGGCCGGGAAGGAGCCGGAGGCCGCCGCGCAGGAGCCCGCCCUGCCCGCGCACUUGGCCGCCCCCCAGGCCCAGGGGGCCACCCUGCCACCCUGCGGGCUGGAAGCCGCCGCGGACGCCUCGGACCUUCCUUCGCAGGCGGUGGUCUCCGAGGAGUUUUUACUGAAAAAUGACCCCUCCCCUGCUGAGGCUCGCACCGUCCCCGAGGAGACCUUGGACGCCCGGCGCGGAGCCUCCUCCCAGACUCAGGGUGAAGAAGUCCCAUCACUGCCAUCCAAGGCCGGAAGUGCGGGAGCCAACCUGGACGCGCGGGGGGCCGAGAGCCCCCCAGAGGCAGGGCAGGAAAUGGCUGCCCUCCCGUCCGAGGGACCAGAUGCUAGUAGGUGUCUCAGGUCAAACCCAGGCGAGGCCUCGGACCUUCCUCUGGUAGCAGGUGGAGGGGACGUGGCCCCGCCGCAGCCUGACUCUUGCAGUCCGGCCUCCGAGCACCGGGCCGGCAUCAGUGCGUUCAUGAAGAUCCUGGAUGGCUUACAGAAGAGAAGGAUGAACACCGGCUUGUGCGAGAGGAUCCGGAAGGUGUACGGGGACCUGGAGUGUGAAUACUGCGGCAAACUUUUUUGGUACCAAGUGCACUUUGACAUGCACGUGCGCACCCACACCCGGGAGCACCUGUAUCACUGCUCCCAGUGCCAUUAUUCCUCCAUCACCAAAAACUGCCUUAAACGCCACGUUAUUCAGAAACACAGUAACGUCCUGCUGAAGUGUCCCACCGAUGGCUGCAACUACUCAACUCCAGAUAAAUACAAGCUGCAGGCACAUCUUAAAGUUCACACGGAACUGAGAGCAUUGGAGGACAUAAUACGCAUUGGGUCGCGGAGCAGCACCGGUCUGCAUGGUAGACCUCGAGGCCCAGCCCUGCCCUCUGCUGGCCCGGCCACCUUCACUGGACCCUCGUCUGACAAAAGGAGUUAUUCUUGUCCUGUGUGUGAAAAGUCUUUUUCAGAAGAUCGAUUGAUCAAGUCGCACAUCAAGACCAACCAUCCGGAGGUCUCCAUGAGCACUAUUUCCGAGGUUCUCGGGAGGAGGGUUCAGCUGAAAGGGCUGAUUGGAAAGAGAGCCAUGAAGUGCCCGUAUUGUGAUUUCUAUUUCAUGAAGAACGGCUCAGACCUUCAGCGUCAUAUUUGGGCUCAUGAAGGCGUGAAACCCUUCAAAUGUUCUUUGUGCGAGUAUGCAACUCGCAGCAAGAGUAACCUCAAGGCUCACAUGAACCGUCACAGCACUGAGAAAACCCACCUGUGUGACAUGUGUGGCAAGAAAUUCAAAUCAAAAGGGACGUUGAAGAGUCACAAGCUCCUUCACACUGCUGACGGGAAGCAGUUCAAGUGCACGGUGUGUGACUACACGGCAGCCCAGAAGCCCCAGCUGCUGCGGCACAUGGAACAGCACGCCUCCUUCAAGUUACGGCCACAAGAACCGCGGUCCGGUGAACUUGUCCCAUAGAGACUUCUGCUCAGCACUGGCAACUCAACCUGAAAACCGCUGCCGCUCCUGCGUGUACGCAUGGUGAUGGAAAACAGGGCGCCCUGAAAUGUUUGUGGAGACCGUGCACCCCGAAACCCGGAGAAUGUAGCACGUGGGAGGGGCUGUGGGCCGCCACACCGGCAGGCUGCGUUUACUGAGCCUCCACUGUAUGCCUACGCUCUGCAUCAGCUCGCACCUCCCCGACAGAGGACACUAUCAUCCCUGUUUGAUAGAACCCCAGAGAAGGUACGCGAUCACCUGUCAGGCUUGUCUGCCGUGCCCAUACCUACAGAUGUCAGUCACUGUUGUCAUACUGACCUACCUGUGUCGUGACUGCUCUGAGGGGACGAGGACCCGCCCCCUCCCCCUCCCUUUCACUGGCAAACUCUUCUGAUGCUCAGAACAGUCCUGCGAGAGAGGAGUUCUCAGGAUCUUGCCUCAUUUAGUUAAGAAACCCAGUGGCUCAGGGGGGUUACGGGCUUUUGUGCAUUAAACAUCCAGGAAGUGAAGGAGCCAGAACUUGCACUUGGCCUCUGAGUCCAAGGCAUGGGGUUCUCCCACCGUGUCUUCUCAGUAAUUCUCUUCGGUGGGGGGGGGCACACAGGAAACCGUGAGGGCCCCGCACCUGUAGCCUGCCUAGCUACUCUACUGUGGCCUCAGUGGACCUGUGUUUCACAGGCAGGACUGGCACGUCAACUUGUGGGGGUGGCAGGAGGUUCAUGAGCGUCCUGCGGAUUUUGAACAGGAUUAAAGUGAAGAGUGUUAUCUCAGGCUUCACAGCCGCAGAUGUGUUUCUCUGGGGGACCCUGGGCUGUCGUAGACAGCGCAGUUUGGGUGCUGGGAACAGAUCUCUGGGGUGGCCCUCGCUCUGGAGACAAGAAAGUUGGACCAGGCAAGGUUAUUUACCGUCCUCACUCUCCCAGGAUUGGAACCAGAUUUUUCAUUUGUUCCUUGGUUCUCAGUGCGGAACCUUUUCCCUCACCAAGCAGGUGCAGCUGGACGGUCUCUCUGCCCCGGAAUCCUCACUGCUUUCUUUCUCAGCUUUGUAGCGUCUUUGGCUUGUGUGCAGAGCAAGUGGACUUGAGGAUCGUUUGAGCUCAGGUGUCCCUUCCUAUGUCGUUCUCAACUGUGUCCGGCUGUCACACAGCUACCAUGCGCUGCUGGGACCUCGGGAGUCACGGGGCCAAGCUGGCCUUGGGGUCAACUCCGGUUCCUCCGGGCUUCCUGGGGCUUCAGGUGCCCUGCCCCCGCUGGAGCGAGAACCGCUCAGACCUUGGCCUCUCUCCUCCUCCGGGCUGGGUUCUCUGGUGUUUCUCACGAGACUGGGACUGACAAAGCAAAACGAAGCUGGUUCCCGCCAGCCACCCUUAUUCACGCUGACAGGUUAUCACCCUUCCCUUUGGUCGCUAUCAUAGUUUUCUGUCAUUGCUCUAACCAACACCUCCAACUUGGCAGCCAAACACUACCGGGCAUUAUCGUGCAGUUCCGAAUUCCAGCACGGGUCUCACCGAACGGCCAGGUGACGGCAGGGCCGCGUUCUUCCGGGAGGCUCUCAGAGAAAAUCCGUCCCCGUGCCUUUUCUGGCUUCUGGAGGCCACCUGCACUCCUCGGCUCCUGGCCUCAGCCCUCCAUCUUGAAAGCCAGCAACACAGCAUCCCACCUCUGCUCUGACUCUCUUCUGCCUCCCUUCCGCCUUUCACCUGUGAGGACCUUUCACCUGUGGGUCCACGUGGAUGGCCCAGGAGAAGGUCUAUAUCUUAAGGUCAGAUGAUUAACAGCCUCAGCCCUACCUGUGGUCUUAACUUCUCUUUGUCAUGCAAGCUUCCAGACAUCAGGACUUGGACAUCUUUGCGGAGGCAUUAUUCCCCCUGCUGUAUCCCGCCCCGCCCUGCUCUGUUUUCUUCCUUUCGCAUCUGCUCCCUGGCAGAUUUCUAUCAAAAUCCAAAAAUACACAGUCUGUGUGGUCGCACCCUCCCUCUGCCUUACCAGUGGCAAACAUUACUAAGAAAUCAGGCCCCUCUGUUUUAUCAGUCCUCGAUGGGGCCUCAAAGCCUUUGUGCAGACACUACUAAUCUAUUGCAGUUGACUUUCAAAAGGAAACCAGUUUGGUUUUCUAGAUCUAGAUGUAUAAUUUGCAAUAUAUAAUUUGUGUCACGAAACACUGUAAUAAGGGCAAACUCUUGUAUUGCCUUUUAAAAUUGCAUGUUGUUAUUUAUUUAUUUUAAGAAUAAUAUGUGUUCACUAAAUAAGAUUUGGAAAGUGCUUUUCGUUCCCUUUCUUUGUAGAAUUUUUGGAUAUAUUAAUUUUUUUAGACGUAAUUGAGGUCUUACUGUAAAUGAGCAUUUUUGGGUGGAGAUUAAAACAUCAGCUUUGCCGCCGAUGAAGCUCUAUCAGAGAAUGCAGCUUAAAUGAGUGGCCAGAUGGUUUGCUAAGAAUACUUUGCGUUUGAGUUAGAAUAGCCUCCCAGUCGAAGGCAGGGCUGGAGAGCCUGCCUGAUUAGGACAUUAUAAAUAUUGCCUUUUUUAAAUUAUCACUUCAUAGGCAUUUUCCCAUUUUAUGAAAAUAUACUUACUGUAAAACUACUUUUAACGGCUGCUUAAGGAUGAGUGCCACAGUUUAAUUACCCAUUCCCCUUGUAACUGGACAGUUUGGUUGUUUCCAGUUUUUGCCGUUAAAAGUAACUCCACGAUGGACGUCUUCAUGCCGAAAGCAUUUCCAGGUCAGCGUGAUAUCGAAAGGACUGUAAAACAUGGCACGAAGCCCAUCAGACCACUGAGAAUUCAUAGGCAGCCAGGGUGUUACGUGUGCUUCUUGCAGCUGUAAUUAAAAUGCAUUCCCAGGGGUGGAACCGGCACGGUCAGUCCUAAGCACUUGCCCAGGAAGACGCCUGGACUGGGGUGGGGCUGCCACGGAGCCAGGGGCCUCCAAACAGAAUGGGCUCGUUCCCUCCCUCUAGCUGCUCAACUCUUUGCUUCCUUGCAAAUAAGUAAGCCAGCAUGCUGCCCAGGAAGGCGAUGCGAUCACGGGCUGGACUCCCCUCGUUCAGUUUUCUCUCUCUCCGUUGGGCUGUGUGAGCCCACAACUCUGUUGAGAGAAAUAUUCUCAAUGAUGGGGCUAGGUGACCCAGUGGUGAUCUCCUUACACGUGAUAACAAGUGACUUUAUUUCAUUUAAAAAGUUUUAUUUAAAAUUAUUUAUUUAUUUACUUUUAAUUUUAUUUUAGAGAGCGAGUAGGGGAGAGGGGCAGAGGGAGAGAGAGACAGAGAGAGAUAGAGACACAGAGAGGGAGACAGAGAGAGAGAGAGAGAGAGAGGGAGGGAGGGAGGGAGAGAGAGGGAGGAGAGACAGGAGACGGAGGAGGAAGGAAAUGGUUAGAUGAGUGUCAGAGGAAAGGCAGGCUGGGGCUUGCAUCACAACCCUGUAUAAAAAUGGUGCCACAAAUCCACUAUUUUAGCUGGUUUGGGGUCACUCUUCCCUCCCUGGCUUGUUUGCUAUCCUAGUUGACUCACCCAUUCAUUCUAGGAAAUUAUUCCUGAUUUUUCUCAGUGCACUUGUUAGCUAUCAAAGCCAGAGAAUGGUUCUUGAAGGUAGUAUUUUUCCAAACCCAAGAAGGAAAAUAUUGAUUGAGCACCUGGAGUUCUUUUUUUAAUUUUUUUUUUUUAAUGUUUAUUUAUUUUUGAGAGACAGAGAGUGACAAAGAAUGAGCAGGGGAGGGACACAGAGAGAGGGAGACACAGAAUCCGAAGCAGGCUCCAGGCUCUGAGCUGUCACCACAGAGCCCGACACGGUGCUUGAACCCAGGAACUGUGAGAUCAUGACCUGAGCUGAAGUUGGACGCCCAACCGACUGAGCCACCCAGGUGCCCCUAGCACCUGGAGUUCUAAUGAUAAUUGGCUUUAUAAUGUUUGUCUUACUUGUAUCAGUGAUUGUCUCAUAUUAAAAAUAAACUGCUCCAGGAAGCCCAGUUGAAAAGUAGGUAAAGAGAACAGGUCAAAUAGCUCUUGGGUAUGUGAUAAGGUGUCUAACAUCACUGAUAAUAAAAAAAAAUAAUAAUAAAGUGAAAGCGUACUAAGAUACCAUCGAUUUGCUUAUCAGAUGAGUAUACAUUCCCGGGUUUGAUAGCGGAGUCUGUUGGUAAGGCCGUGAGGAGAGAGCCUUUCUCAUGCCUUGCCAUUGGGGCUGUAAAGGGUCCCAGCUGCAGGUGGCGUAAGCUGUUGGCUUGCCUCUUGUAAGAAGUGAUCUGAUCUUACGGAUGCACUUGCUGACGUCCCGAAAUGAUGACUACGUGGUAUUAUUCAUUGAAGAUAAGUGAAAUGUUUGUGGAUAGAGUAAGACUUAAAUAAACAGGGGGCACAUCCAAACAACAGAAUGCUGCACAGCUACAAAAACAGUAUAAGGAGGCCCUUGACUUCCUUCCCUGGAAAGAUAUUAUAUAACAAAGUAGAAAAAGCAAGCUUUAGAACGACAUAGUAAUGCUGCCUUUGAGGUAAGAAAGGGCAAAAAUGUAUUUGUAUUUAUUUAUGUCUACCUUAAAGCUUCUUAAGGCUUAUGCACAAAAUAAAGAAACUGUGUGGUUGGGUAGGGAGGGCUGGGACUGGGUAGAUGGGAGGCCAAGUCUCGAGGUGAGACUUUUCCCUGUGUGUAACGUUUGAACUGGGUGAACUGAAUGUUUUGCCUGUUCAGUAAAUUUAAGUAAGAAGCAAACCUUUAAAUAAAAAUGAUCUUUUAGAAACGACCCAAUGUCAAAGCAGAAUGGUAACCCUGCUCGUCACCCUCACAUUGUCUUGGGAAGGCGGUGACAGAUUGCUCUUUGGUAGUGCAUUGAGAUUCUGUUUUGGUCUUGAAAAUCUCCAAGAGCACUGAGGUAUUGCAGAAAAACCCAGGAUUUAGAACCAGACAGACUCAGGUUCAAAUCCUGGCUGUGCCACUUACAGUCUGUUUAAUUUAACUUCUCUGUCUAAUUCUGUUGUCUUAAAAAUGCUGACGGUAAUAUCUUUCCCUGGUGUUGGAGAUGCUAAAAGUGAUACUGUUUUAUGAGUAGUGGGUAUGGUGCAUGGUGGAUGAUGAAAUGUUGGAUCUUUUCCCCUUCCCUGUCUUUAAAAAUGACCCCAGUUUCUAAAAAAAAAACUAUAAGCCAAACAACAACAAUAACAAAACCCAGCCUGAUCUUGGUUUAUUUUCCUUUUAGUGAGCUUAAAUUUAUGCUUGCAAGUCAUUUAUUCUAAACAUUUUCUAGGUAUUAUGUUUUCUUCAAAUGUAUCUUUGGAUGUUGAUGUUAUUUUAUUUCCAUUGUUGUUAUUUGUGGCUUUGGAGUGGCAGAGAAGGAUUAAAAUCUUGAUGGCCGCUACUUACUAACUAGAUGACCUCUCGGGAUUUUGAUCCCUUGCCUUCUAGGGCCACUGCCUCCUUAUUUGGAAAAUGGGAACAGUGAUGUCAUUAUUUCAAAGGCUACUUUCAGAAGGAGGGGUUGAUUUGAAGGAGGAGACCAGAAUGGCUGUGUCCUUAUGGCUUGGGGCAGACCUGGCCCAUCAGCCCUGUGCUGGCCAGCACGAGGUGGGCGGGUGUUGCUGGAGGAUCUCAGGCUUGCUCUUUUGUAAACGGGCCACUUCUGGCCUCUGGCCACCUUUCCCACCACAUUAGUUCUUUACUCCGUAUCAUGACCACCUUGAGACCUUGACAAAUGUGCAGAUAACGGUUUCCCAAGCCCAGCAGAUAGUCUCACUGAGCCUGGAGGCCAGCAGGCAUCCUCGAAUGCAGUACAUUUUCAUGGGGUUGUGGUGCAGGGGGUCCGUGGACCAUAAUCCACCAGCCACCUCGCUGGCUUUUCAACUCGGAAGCAAACGUCCUGUCUGAAUCUGCGUAUUUAAAGUGUGUUCCUGUAAAUAGCGUAUAGCUGGAUCUUGGUUUGUGCCUGUGUGUGUGUGUGUGUGUGUGUGUGUGUGUGUGUGCGCGCGCGUGCGCACGACUAGUCUGACAAUUCCUGCCCUUUCGUUGGAGUGCUUAGUCCAUUUACAUUUAAUGUAAGUUUUGACAUAUCUCACUUGAAAAGUGCCAUCUUGGUAUUUAGCUACAAUUUAUUUUCUUUUAAGCGGCUGCUAAACACAUCAUAUUAUGCAUCUAUAUUGUAAUACAUUCUAGCUAGCUCCAGAUACACUAUUUCAUGAACAGUGUAAGAAGCAUGCAACACUGUAAUUCGUAUCAUUUCCCUCCUACCUUUUGUGCUCUGGUGGUCAUGUAUGUUACUCCUACUUGUUAUAAAUUCCAUACAGCUUUAUCAUUCUUUGCUUUAUACAGUUAUAUUGAAAAUAUAUAUGUGGAAAUAUAAUUUUAAAAAUGUCUUAUAUUUCCUUAUAUAUUUAGUUUUCUAGUGUUCUUUUAAAUUUUUUAAUGUUUUUAUUUAUUUUUGAGGAAGGGGAAGGCAAGGGGAGAGAGAGAGAGGGAGACACAGAAUUUGAAGCAGGCUCCAGGUUCUGAGCUGUCAGCACCGAGCCUGACGCAGGGCUCAAACUCAUGAACCGUGAGAUCAUGACCUGAGCUGAAGUCAGACGCUCAACCGACUGAGCCACUCAGGCGCCCCUGGUGUUCUUUAUUUUUUUUAUAUAUUUUCUUGCAGGCCUAGACUUCCAUCUGAUAAACUUUCCUUUAGUUUGGAGAACUUCUAGCAUUUGUUAUAUGCUUUUUUGAUGGAGUUAAAUGAUCUCAGCUUUUGUCUGUUUAGAAAAUCUUCGUGUUCAUUUUUGAAGAAUAUUUUGAUGACUGUAGAUUUGUAGGGGGACAUCACUCUAAAGAUGUUGUUCUAUUAUGUUUUGUCCUUCGCUAUUUCUAAUCCUUAGCAUUUCUCCCCAUAUUUAAUGGGCACUUUUUUCUCUGGUUUUAAGACUUUCCUCUCUUCCUUUGGUUUUCUUCAUAUUAACAUCAGUAAGUUUAGGUAUGGCUUCCUAGUGUUUACUUUGCUUGGGUUUGUUGAGGUUUGGAUCUUGUGGAUCGAUAUGGUUCAUCAGUUUCAGACCAUUCUCUUCUCAGCCAUUAUCUCUUUAUUAUUACCUCCUAUUUGUUUUCCCUCCUCCAGGAUGAUAAGACAUCAUGUAUUAACCUGUUAGAUAUGUCACAGCAUUCAAAUGAUCUCUCUCUCUCUUUAAAUCUUCUUUUUGUGUUUCAGUUUAUAUGAUUUCUUUCAGUCUUCUUCUUCUUCUUCUUCUUCUUCUUCUUUUUUUUUUUUUUU